AUGAAGAAGUCAAAGACCAGAGAUUUCGAUCCCGAGUCCCUACUCGACCCUGCGCCUAGCUCUAGCGAGGACGAGCGUUCUGGUAGCGACAUCUCAGACGUCGAAGACGAGAAAGUUGGGCGCGAGCAUUAUACAGUUGUAGGAAAGAGCAAGCUACGCAAGCCAGUUGAGGUUCCCCUCGGACCGGAGUAUACUGGGCGUAAAGUAGACCGCAAGGCUCUUGAGGACAGCGAUAGCGACGAUCCGUUUGCCAGAGGUUUCGAUGACGAGGAUAGCGAAGCUAGUGAUGAGGAAAGAGAAGACGAUAUCAAUAGCGCUGAGCUUGACAGUGAAGAUGAAAGUGGUGGAAGCGACGCCGAGGGCGGUUUGGAUCUGGACAUGAGUGAUGAAGACGAAGAGAUGGGAAGCUCUGCCGAGGGCGUCAGCGACGAUGAAGAGGAUUCUGAAGCUUCGGAUGGAGAAAAGCCCAGCAAAGACAAGAAGCGCGAUGCGUCUGCGGUACGCGAUCUCAUGGCUGCAAGCAAGUCUUUUACAUCGACAAUUGCUGCUGGCACCCAGUCCGAUGUUGCCAAAGGAGAAGCUAUCAAGACACAGCGCAAGGCAUUUGACACAUUACUCAACUCCCGUAUCCGAUUACAAAAAGCCUUGAUUAGUACCAACUCUAUGACUGCGGAGCCAUACAGAAAUGGAGCCGCUCAAGAAGCACCGGUCGAGGCCGCCGAGGCCGCAGCCUUGACUUUGUUAAACAAUCUUACAAACCUCCGAUUGUCAUUGGAAGAGUCACGAACAGGCCAAAAGCGGAAGCGCGCCAAUUUCGACCAAGCGACUCCGUCAUCAGAAAUCUGGUCUUCUAUCCAGGACACGGAAAAGGGCACUCUGCCACACCGCAAAGCAAUUCUUGAGAGAUGGUCAAACAAGACGAAAGCCACGACCGUAACCAACAACAAGGCUCGUCUCAACGCUUCUGCCCAACAAACGCUCACCGAAGUCCUGGUCUCACAGCUUACAUCAUCCCAUCUCGUCACUCGCACACAAAUGCCUCGCUCAUGUGCACCUCUUCAAUCGUCCAAUAAAGCAGCGCAGCCUGACCCCGCCAUCUACGACGAUGCGGAUUUCUACGGUUUGAUGCUGAAGGAGCUUCUCGAGCAGCGCUCUGCCGACCUCAAUGCUAACGGAACGGCGGAAUUUGUUGUGCAGGCGCCGUGGCAGGUAGCCCGUGAAGCCAAGACCAAGAAGGUCGUCGAUACAAAGGCCAGCAAAGGGCGCAAGCUCCGGUACGUUGUCCAAGAGAAGCUACAGAAUUUCAUGGCGCCAGAAGACAGGGGUGAAUGGGGCGACCGGCAGAGAGAUGAGCUAUUUAGCAGUCUAUUCGGUCAGCGGUUGGGACUUGGGGAGCAUGAUGAGGUUGAGAGUGAAGAGGAAGAGCAAGUGGACGCAGAGGAAGCCGGUCUGAUGUUGUUCAGGAGCUAG